GUUAGUAGGUUGCACACUGCACUUCUUUGGGCACAACCUAUUCAAGCUUUAAGCAACUCAAGCUGGACGACGGAAUGGUGUUGAAUUGUACAGAGAUAGAUGGUAUACUGGCAAAGUUCUACCUGUCACCAUCUUACGGGCUCGAGUUCUGCAUCGGUUUCCCUGGGAACCUUAUGGUCGUAUUUGGCUACCUAUUUUGUCUACCCAAGUGGCAGAGCUGCAAUGUUUAUCUUUUCAACCUGGCAAUCUCUGACCUCAUCUUCCUCUGCACGCUGCCACGCCUCUCCUACCUCUAUGCCAACCACCAGAGGGAGACCAGCUACUAUGCUUGCAUCAUCAACCGCUACGUGCUGCAUGUCAAUCUCUACUCAUCCAUUUUGUUUAUGGUCUGGCUGAGCAUGGAUCGCUAUUUGCUCGUGCGGCACCCGGCGCGGAACCACUUCCUGCUGAAGCCGCGGGCGGCGCUGGUGGUGACCGGGUUGAGCUGGCUUGGCGUCAAUGUGGAAGUGAUCCCCAUGAUAGCGCUGAUGCUUCAAGACUUGCGGAGUGGAAACUGGAGUCGCUGCAAUGACUUUGCCAGCCUCCAGGGUGAUGUCAGUGCUUUGGGCUACAGCAUGGGGCUCACCUUAACAGGCUACAUUCUACCUCUGCUCGGACUCUGUGGUUUCUCCCACCGGAUUGCACAGCUACUGCAGACACAGGAAAUGGCUUUUCAUCGCAGCACAACACAGUACAAGCGAGCUCUCAGGGUGAUGGCUUUGGCAUCUGCCAUGUUUCUGGUUCUGUACACGCCAUACCACGUGAUGAGAAAUGUCAGGAUUGCAUCCCGGCAGGCUUGGGCAGGGGUGCAGUUGUGUACAAGGAUGUACAUCGAGGGCCUCUACAUCUUGACUCGACCGUUGGCCUUCUUGCACAGCGUUAUCAACCCAGUCUUUUACUUCCUCAUGGGGGACAAGUUCAGAAAGUUCCUACUCGCAAAGUGUAGAAAGCUAGCCAGAAAAACAACGCAGCCGAGAGAACCGGUGUGAACAACUGAACACAAUGCACAUAGCACGUAUUCUAUUUGCUAAUUUACUGUGCACUUGACCUACAUACGCCUCUAAAGUGGCACCAAACAGUUGAAACUGCUACACUGCAUGAUGUCAGGCAAGACGUGAGCAUAUCACACGAGACCUAAGCAAAUCUAAGCGACUAAGGGUUAAUUAUUAAUUUUUGUCGGUUUUUACAUUUUCCAAAACAUUGCAGAAGAUGGCAUGACGUCAUUGCACAAGACCUCAGCGUUCCUCAUGUGAGCUCCAUUCAGCAGUGAUUCAUAACUAGAACUGCCUGAGUGUUCAGCUGGUUGUGUGCGCAAAAAUGCCAAAAGAAGGCACAUCCUCACAAAUGGCUGUUAAGAAUGUAAACAAAGAAAAAUAUACACAAGUUAUGGAAAAUAAGCAGACGCACAUUCAAAGCCAUACGACACCACUAUCACAUAUGUGCAGGUGGAGGGUUUUGCUGUUUUUACAUGUUAACAGUGAUUGACUUCAUUAUGACCUUCCGAUAAUGUUCAGACUUUUUGUGAAAUAUUGCUUUAAAGGUAAUAAGAUGGUGACCGUUUUAUUCUGUAAUAGAUCAGUUCAAUUUUCCUUAUUUUCUCAUGGAAAAAAAGUAUUCUAAAUCCGAACAAAAGUGGAGAGUUUUGGUGAAUCAUGGAAAAUCCACUUGUAAUUUAGGCCUAUGGCAAUAUGGCAGGUGUUUCCUAACCUUAAUUUAGCCUAGCCACAUAUAUGCCAUGAGAAAAAUAUCAAAGCACGCCAUGAAACAAAAAUUUAACGAAAGCACAUAUCCUGAAAUAAUGAUGAUCUCGGCUCAAUUUACUCACUCGUGAAAUUGUAGUCUCUUUAUUUCAAUACAAAGCUGAUAUACUGGCAGGAAGCCAUGACUUAUUCUGUUGUACGUGUAUGAAUGGAAACAGGACAGUGGUUAAAAACCACAGCACUGGAAGUUCAGCACCACUGCACACUACAAACACAAUAGCAAUGCUCUAAAGGUGGCUCUCAAACUUUUUAUUUCAAGUACCACCUAAAAAAAAUAUUAAGCGCACCUAAUAACACUAUCAUCACAAACAUUA